AUGACGACGACGACGGCGGCGGCGGCGACGGUGACGACGACGGACGAGAGGGGACCAGACAUUACCGCAAGUCUUGACGUCGAUUGCUUGGAUGUCAAUCUGUACAGGAGCAAGGAAUUGUGGGUUCCUGCUCGAGCGAGGGGCGUCUUUGGUGGCCAAGUCAUCGGUCAAGCCGUCAUGGCGUCCAAUGCUACAGUCAGGGAAGACGUAUUUUUGCAUUCUCUUCACUGCUACUUUUUGCUCGCGGGAGACAAGAGCGUGCCCAUCCUUUACCACGUCAAGAGACUUAGAGAUGGGGGAUCGUACGUCACACGAAGCGUAGAAGCCGUACAGAGGGGCAGAUGCAUCUUUACCAUCAUGCUGUCCUAUCAAAAGCCGGAGCCCGCACAACCAAGCUUUGCUCUGCCCCUUCCGCGUCCUUCAGGAGGAGGAGGAGCAGCAGCAGCAGGCGACGCGACGAGCAUGAGCGGCAAUCCGGCCCUCUCCAACACUGCGCCUCCCGAAGGCCUGUACACUCCCGAUCGAGCUCCUUUGAAUGAGGAUCGGUAUAUUCGCGUAUUGCGCGAAAAGGGCAAUCUGCUGGACGAGGGCUUGAAGAGGACGUUGCAAGGCUGGAUAAGGGAUAGGCAGAGAAGCGCAGUCGAGAUUCGCGACGCACUGCCGGGCAUGUACGAUGCCAAUGGGCUUCCCACGGCGGGCUACGAGCAAGCGUUUUGGAUGCGGACGCGCGAGGCGAUCGUGGGAGGAGACGAUGAGCAAAAAGCAGCGCUAGCAUACGCCUCCGAUUUCUACCUCCUCUCCACCAUUCCCAAAGCGCUCGGCAACUCCAAACGCAUCAAGAUGAUGGCUUCGCUGGAUCACUCCAUGUGGUUCUACGACUCGUUCGAUACGAGCCAGUGGAUGCUGUUCGUCAUGCAGACCCAAGCGGCCGGAAGCGGAAGAGGCGUGGCCAUGGGUCGAGUGUACAGACAAGACGGAACGUUGGUAGCCGUCGUCAGUCAAGAAGGCCUCGUCAGGGGCAAAUUGGACGCGGGUGCGGGUGCGGGUGCGGGUGCGGGUGCGGGUGCGGGUGCGGGCGCCAAGCUCUGA